AAAAAAUAUUUUUACCAACUUUUUGUGCAAGUAAACAACGAAAAAUAAGUAAAAUAUUUUAAUUCAAACCGAACGUAGCCUUGGUAAAUUUCUAAAUAAAAAAUCGGAGGAUUGUAGUAUUACCAUUGUUAGAAAGUGUAGGCUAUAACAACUAUAACAACAACAAAAAUGAUAAUGGACAGGUGCUAUAUGUGGGCCAGCAAGCCUUGUGAACUCAAUGAUGGACCUGCAUCAAGGGGCCCUAAUGCUACUAGGCCCAACCAUGAAUGCCAAGGUAGCCUCUGAACUAUCAGAAAGAAUUCCUCACCUGGGCUUGAGAAUGAAAGAGCAUUCCCACAGGGCCUUGAAUUACUCAAAGAGAAUGAAGAGAAUGGGAGUCAAAGUCAUCUACCCGGGGCUAGAGGAACACCCAGAUCACAAUCUGUUGAAGUCAAUGGCAAACAAAGAGUACGGGUACGGUGGACUACUAUGCGUGGACAUGGAAACAGAGGAAAGGGCAAACAGGUUGAUGAACAACUUGCAAAACAUAACACAGUUUGGGUUCAUGGCAGUGAGCUUGGGGUAUCAUGAGACACUUAUGUCGUGCUCGGGUAGCAGCACAAGCAGCGAAAUGAAUGCCCAAGAGAAGGCGAUGGCGGGGAUUUCGCCUGGUUUGGUUAGGAUGUCAAUAGGGUAUAGCGGGACUAUGGAGCAGAGAUGGAACCAGUUUGAGAAGGCACUCUCCAGAAUGAAUGACACAGCCUCCGUUUGGGAAAUUCAUUCUGCCAAGUCAUUCUGUACAGAGUAUGAGAAAUCAAAGGCAGUUGCAGAUAAGAUCGCCUUAGAUGCCGCCUCAGAGGGGGUUCCUAUCGUGGUUGUCUAUCCCGGAGUUGUAUACGGUCCCGGCAAACUCACCGCUGGAAAUAUAGUCGCACGUUUGAUUAUUGAACGUUUUAAUGGGCGGUUACCUGGUUAUAUAGGCUAUGGAAAUGAUAAGUUUUCUUUUAGUCAUGUUGAUGAUGUAGUAGAAGGGCACCUUGCAGCUUUGAACAAAGGUCGACCAGGCGAAAGAUAUCUUCUAACAGGUGAAAAUGCAUCGUUCAUGCAUGUUUUUGAUAUAGCUGCAGCCAUCACUGAAACGAAGAGGCCUUGGUUUAACAUUCCGUUAUCUGUCAUUGAGGUUUAUGGAUGGAUAUCACUUUUUUUCUCUAAAAUAACAGGAAAGCUUCCCCUGAUCAGCCCCCCGACAGUGUAUGUUCUUGGACAUCAGUGGGCUUACUCUUGUGAGAAGGCCAAGGCAGAGUUGGGGUAUAACCCUAGAAGCUUGCAAGAAGGUCUAGCAGAGGUACUACCCUGGUUGAAGAGCUUGGGCUUGAUAAAAUACUAGAUUGAUGAUAUUUGGCUUGUGAUGUGGGUGUACAUGUACUAAUAUUGCUGUAUAUUAGCAGCCUAUCAUGAUAUGAGUGCAUUUAUGUUGA